UUUCGGCCCCCCUCUCUCUAUUCUCCCGAGUACCCAACCCCGAGGAUGGCCGCCGCCCCGGGCCGCCCCGGGCCGACGCCGACGAAGACGGCCUCGCCGGGGCUGCGCCGGAAGCGCACGGCCGCCGAUGCGCCGCCCGGGUCGCCGCCGCCGCCGCGCCGCUUCUGCUCCAUGGCCGACGUGAUGCGGCGGUCCGUCCCCGUCGACGCGCCGCCGCCCGUCGCGCGCGCCAGGGGAGGGCGGGCGUACGAGACGCUCCCGUGCGAGGUGUGCGGCUCCGGGGAUCGGGACGAGGAUAUGUUGCUGUGUGACCUAUGCGACCGUGGGCGGCACACUUUCUGCCUCCGCCCCAUACUCGCCGCCGUCCCGCUCGGGUACUGGCUGUGCCCGGAUUGCGCCCCGCCGUCCAAGCCCGUUAUAGGGUUCCCGAUGAAGCAGAAGAAGAUCGUGGAGUUCUUCAGGAUUCAAAAGGGGGCGCAGGACGUCGAGGCGCCAAAAUGUGCCCAUCCUCAAGAUGCUAGGAGGCGCAGGAAGCGUUCUCUUGUUAUGCAGAAGAAGAGGAGGAAGAUUCUGCCAUUUGUCCCCACUGAAAAAAGAGUUCAAAGGCUCAGACAAAUGGCUUCUGCAGCCACUGCACUGACAUCUUCAAAAAUGGAGUUUAGUAAUGAACUGACUUAUGUGCGUAGUAUGGCUCCUAAGUCUUCUAAUCAAGCAGGAUUGGAGGAAGGUGGUAUGCAGGUUCUUUCAAAAGAGGACAAAGAAACCAUAGAACUUUGCAGAGCCAUGCAGAAAAGUGGACAAUGCCCUCCACUUCUUGUGGUUUUUGAUUCCCAUGAGGGCUUCACUGUGCAGGCCGAUGCAGAUAUUAAGGACAUGACCUUCAUAGCUGAAUAUACUGGAGAUGUAGAUUAUUUUGAGAACAGGGUCAAUGAUGAUUGCGAUAGCAUAAUGACCCUUCUUUGGACAACGGAUCCUUCCAAAAGGCUCGUCAUUUGUCCUGACAAACGUGGAAACAUUGCGCGCUUUAUUAAUGGCAUUAACAACCACACUCCGGAUGGCAAGAAGAAGCUGAAUAUCAAAUGUGUGAGGUACAACAUAGAUGGUGAGAGCCAUGUCUUGUUGGUUGCCUGCCGUGACAUCGCUUGUGGUGAAAGGCUAUAUUAUGAUUACAAUGGACAUGAGUAUGCCUACCCAACUCAUGAUUUCGUCUAACAUAUUGUGAAAAUAUUUUUGACCUGCCCAACAUCAAGGAAUCUGGGCGAGAUAGGGAUUAAUGGCGGCAUUUCAUCAUUGCUGACAAAUCCAAUAAUUCAUAUACAGUCCAAUUUUCAGAAGAGAUCCCGGAAGACGACAAAUGAUGGCUGCUGGUGUUGUUAGUAGUGAAAGCAGUGUCUUCAUUCAGCUGUCUGAGAAUAGAGGGAUCCUCAUGUUUUUUUCUCCUGACCUCCCAAGAUGUCUCUUUCUCAUUCAUAUUCAUUUUUAUUGGGGAGCUCCUGUUAGAACUGAGCCUCUUUUUUUUCUGGGGAUAAAUAUCUACCCAUGUCUCUAUUUAUCUAUAUGUAGCUGUUCCCAAUUAGAGGCACAUUUGAAGUCGAAGGAAAAAAACGUUGCAUCCAUUUGCUGGGCUUUGUUGUUCGGUUAAACUUAAUGUAAUUCGCUUGGAGUUCAUUGUAGUUAUUUGUUGCUGGCAUAAA